CCCCUGAUCUUGUGUUUAACCAUAGCUAUGAUCAUGGCCUUGCUGGGAUAUAUGCAUAUUAAAAUGGAGUCGGUAAACAAACUAGCAAACGAAAUGGAGUUCGUAGAGGGAGCGCUGAGAGAAUCAGAGCUGGGUAUAGAAAAUUACUAUUUAGCAGUUCAGGACACAGAGUUGAAGAUGGACAACGCAGGGAAGGAGAUCAAGGCACUUCAGGAUGAAGUCGGGAAAUUAACCUCUGCUAAGGAGGUAAAGGACAAAGAGGUUACAGCAUGCAAGGAUUCAGUGGCAGGGUUGAAUAAUGAUGUUACAGCCGUGGAGAAAGAGAAGAGUGACACUGAUGGUAAUUUUGCAGGGGAAAAGACAAAAUGGAGUGAAGAAAUUAAUAGCCUUAAACAGCAGCUCCAGGAUCACAGUCCAGUCUGUGCCCAUGCGAAGAUUUCUUCACAAGACCUUGAGAAGGAUCCUACCUUAAAGGAUCUUUGCCCCCAAAUUCAAAACACAGCAGUCACUACUACAGCAGUCUUGCCUCAAGGAAAAGUCUAAUCAGAGCAGUGUCAACCAUUCAACAGCUUUAAAAUGAUGGACUUAUACAUUCCUCCCAGAAAUUAAACGUAGCAUCUCUGCGGAUGGUUGUUAUAUUAUUGCUGAACUGCUUUGAUUAAAAGCAUCUGCUAAAUAAAA